AUGUAUAACAUGCCUGUGGGCUCAUCCACAACUCCACUCAAAGCAAAUGAAGAUGGCAACUUAUUCUGCAUUGUGGGUCAGAGUUCACCUUGCGCUCUACUUGCGGAUUUCAUUUCUCUUGUUUUUGAAGCUCAUUGGACGACAGCGGUUAUAUCAAGAUUCAUGGAGGUUGAAGAGCUUGCAUCUACGGACGCGCCGUCAGCGGAGCCACAACGGGCUGUGGAGGCGGAAAUCGUUGAAGAGGAGAUUGAAGAGCUGUUGCAUGGAGUGAACUGCGACUGCCAUCCAUUCGACGCUGUAGCUCUCAGCGAGUACAUGUUAAAGCAUGCAAAGAAGGCUUUCAUGUCAACUCAAAGACGUGAUUUUAUUCUCAGGUUCGUUGAGGAUUAUCAGCGGAGCUCUCCUCAACCGCAGAGGGAGGAGUAUUCAAGCGAUGCUGAAUUCCAAGGAGCUCUGCGAGCUUGGUAUUGCAUCUUCCUCCUCGCCUCGGACGAAGCUUUAAGAAACUGGGAGCGACGGAUGCUGGCGCAGUUCCAACACCCACGUAAACGCUUUCUACAAUCGGUGAUAGACGUGUUCAAAGCGAUCAACGAUUUCCUCAACCUCCAGCUGGAGAAACUGAAGGAAGAAGGUUGGAUUCUUCUCGUUCAUGCUGCAAGCGACUUCAAGGACUUUAUUCAGAUUCAGCUUCCCAUCUGUGUCUUCUUCAUGAUGGUUGCGAUUUGUGCCUUCGCCUUUUCAAACUUCUUGGAUACUCAGACCAAGAAGUAUCUGACUGAAUGAACUUUCAUCAGUUCGAUCAGUCGUCGCCAGUGAGUGUAGAGAUGAGUCCACAGCAUUACACUCACUCUCUGUUGAGUUUUAAAUGCUGGUGCACAUUAAGGUGUUGAUCUUGCGUGAUCCAGCUUGUAAGUUUCUAUUAUCAUAAGCAAGUGUCUUCAAAAUUUGGACUC